AUGAAGGUCAAAAAAGACUCACAUCUGAGAAACACUGAUAGGCUUAUUGAAGCCUUUGUGCAAGCUCCACAUCAUGAACAGUUUAUGAACCUUCCACUGCAACAGUGCUCCACAAGGCCAAACUUGAUCAAAGCAAGCUACCCGACAUCAGUGAAGCAGAAGAAUGGCCAUCGUAUGAUAGUUGGAUCCCAACCCACUCUUACUUCUCAGUGUGGUCUGCGACUGAAAGCAAGGCUUAUCAAGUUGUCAUCCUGGACCAAGUGUCCAAGCAAGGAAGCAAGCUCAUCUUCUGUUGUGAACGCAAUACCGGCAGUGGGCCUCUUUGAAGCUGCCCGUCUGGCGUCACCCAUACUACCGCAAUAUCAUCCUAAGCAACUUAUUGUUCUGCUUAAUGCUGGUCGAAAUAGAUGUGUCAGAGCAAUUCUUCUUCAUGUCCUGACUGCGUUGAAGCAGCGGCAGAUAACAACACGAAAUCAACUUUCUCAUGCUACAUCCAUAAGAUUAUUAACGGUCGACGCUACCAACGGGAGAUCCAUAGAGGAUGGCGAGCAAGAGAAACGUCUUGAAGAAGAUUGUCCAGAGUAUUAUGAAAUAGAUGAAAUUCCGCCACUACCAUUGCAUUCCCUGUUCUCCGGUGACACUGAACAUCGCUUGGACUCCAAUGAAAAAGGCGAAUCAAUUAUGGGAGUCUUGGAUCGUUUUUUCCGAAAGGAUGGUUGCAUUUUGUAG